UUGGUGAACUUACAUUUAGUUAAUUUUUCUACUAAGGAAUCACAGAAGUCAGAAUAAUUCAACAACAACCCCCAAACGCAUCAUCGUGUUUCCCGGCCGCUCAUUGGUCCAUCCUGUCCCAACUCUGGUCCAAUCACAGCGCCGAGGGGAGGGGGGAGCGGAAGCGUGCGCCCCACCUUGUUUCGAUCACGUGACGUGAGUUUACGAAGAUGGUGGAAGUUUAUUCUCCCUUGAAGUGAAACCCGGACUGAAACCUAAACACCCCGCAGCCCGGAGUCCACCGCGGCGUCCCCUGUUCGGUGUAACGACCUCGUCUCUGAUCCGGGCCCACACCUCAGCCCUAUGUCAUGGCAAGUGGAGUCACAAAGACGGGCACUUCAAACGGUUACCCUAUGAAGGCACAGCUACAAAUCACCGUGCUAUCGGCAAAACUCAAAGAGAACAAGAAAAACUGGUUUGGUCCCAGUCCAUAUGUGGAAGUGACAGUCGACGGCCAGUCCAAGAAGACGGAGAAGUGCAACAACACCCACAGCCCCAAAUGGAAGCAGCCGCUCACUGUGAUUGUGACUCCAUUCAGCAAACUGGUGUUUCGGGUUUGGAGCCAUCAGACCCUGAAGUCCGACGUGAUGCUAGGCAUGGCCACGCUGGACGUCAGCGACACGCUCAAGUCUAACGACAUGAAGAUCGCUGAGGUGGUGCAGACCUUACAGCUGUCUGCAGACCGAGACCAGUCAGAUGUGGUGGGAGACCUGUCCGUCUGCCUGGACGGCCUGACCGUCGACUCCGAGGCGUUCGCCGCGGCGGAGGCCGACCAUCACAGUACAUCAAAUGGGAAUUCACAACCCAACGGGGAUCAUGCCGUGAGGCGGAGUCGAGACAGCUCCCCAGCGGUGGACGGCGUCGAGCACAGGUCUUCUCCCAGUGGCCGGAGGUCAGUGAGCAGCACGGGGUCUCCCUCUGUGUCAUCAAGACCUCUCCGACCACCCAGGCCCUCCAGACCUCCACCUCCGACCCCCCGCAGACCCAACUCUUCGCCAGCAUCUUCCAGCAACGGUUCUGCGCCAGCCGACGGCAGCGACGGCCAGUCGGGUUCUGAUACACCGGUGCGAACACCAGCAUCAGCACCCUCGACAGCCCCAGAAUCGAGUCCAUCGGCAGGCUCCGACAGGAACUCCACUCCGGCCUCCAGCUCCGGAGCGGCGGCACCCAGACAGCCGACCAGCAGCGCCACCACAGCGGUCACCCCGAGGGUCCCCGCUGUCAACGCCGGCCCGUUGACCCCUGGAUGGGAGCAGAGGGUGGAUCAGAACGGCAGGUUGUAUUUUGUGGAUCACGUGGAAAAGAAAACAUCGUGGGAGCGCCCUGAUCCACUGCCCCCUGGCUGGGAGCGCCGAGUCGACCAGAUGGGCCGGGUCUACUUUGUCGAUCACAUGACACGAACCACCACGUGGCAGCGCCCCACAAUGGAGACGGUGCGUAACUACGAGCAGUGGCAGCACCAGCGCAGCCAGCUACAGGGAGCCAUGCAGCAGUUCAACCAGAGGUUCAUAUUCGGGCUACAGGACCCGUCAGCCGCUCAGAAUAAGGAGUUUGAUCCUCUUGGGCCUCUGCCACAUGGAUGGGAGAAAAGAACGGACUCGAAUGGUAGAGUUUAUUUUGUACAUCACCCUACGCGAGCAACACAGUGGGAGGACCCACGAACACAGGGCUUGAUGAAUGACAAGCCACUCCCAGAGGGCUGGGAGAUGAGGUUCACCGUAGACGGUAUUCCCUACUUCGUAGACCACAACAGGAGAGCGACCACCUACAUCGACCCUCGCACUGGAAAAUCCUCGCUUGAAAACGGACCUCAGAUCACCUACGUUCGAGACUUCAAAGCCAAAGUACAGUACUUCAGAUUCUGGUGCCAGCAACUGUCAAUGCCUCAACACAUCAAGAUCAACGUAGCCAGGAAAACCCUGUUUGAGGACUCCUUCCAGCAGAUAAUGAGCUUCAACGCUCAAGACCUGCGAAGGAGGCUCUGGAUAAUCUUCCCAGGAGAAGAAGGCCUCGACUACGGAGGCGUUGCCAGGGAGUGGUUCUUCCUGUUGUCCCAUGAAGUCCUGAACCCCAUGUACUGCCUGUUUGAAUAUGCCGGGAAAGAUAACUACUGUCUCCAGAUCAACCCUGCCUCCUACAUCAACCCUGACCACCUCAAGUAUUUCAAGUUCAUAGGACGCUUCAUCGCCAUGGCUCUCUUCCACAGCAAGUUCAUCGACACUGGUUUCUCGCUGCCGUUUUACAAGCGCAUCCUGAACAAGCCCUUGGCCCUCAAAGACCUGGAGUCAAUAGACCCGGAGUUCUACAACUCCCUCAUGUGGAUCAAGGACAACAACAUCGAGGAGUGUGGGCUGGAGAUGUUCUUCUCCGUUGACAAAGAGAUCCUGGGAGAAAUCUCCACCAAUGAGCUGAAACCAGGAGGAGGAGACCUCCAGGUCACAGAGGAGAACAAGGAGGAGUACAUCAGGCUGGUAGCAGAGUGGAGGAUGUCCAGAGGAGUGGAAGAGCAGACACAGGCUUUCUUUGAAGGCUUCAACGAGGUCCUCCCUCAGCAGUACCUGCAGUACUUUGAUGCUAAAGAGCUUGAGGUGAUGCUUUGUGGUAUGCAGGAGAUUGACCUUACAGACUGGCAAAGACACACCAUAUACAGACACUACGCUCGAGGCAGCAAACAGAUCAUGUGGUUCUGGCAGUUUAUAAAGGAGAUGGACAAUGAGAAGAGGAUGAGGCUGCUGCAGUUUGUCACCGGUACCUGUCGCCUGCCUGUAGGAGGCUUCGCCGACCUUAUGGGAAGCAACGGUCCACAGAAGUUCUGUAUUGAGAAGGUGGGAAAAGAAAACUGGCUCCCAAGAAGUCACACGUGCUUCAACAGACUGGACUUGCCGCCCUACAAGAGCUACGAGCAACUGAAGGAGAAGCUGAUGUUUGCCAUCGAGGAGACAGAAGGCUUCGGACAGGAGUAAGAGAAACCAGGAGAGGUUCCAAUAGCGGGUUCCGGAGCGCGAAGGAAUAAAGACCACCAGUGUUCAACCGCAAGGGUCACGGGUUCUAACAUUAGUGUCUCAUCAAAGAUUCUUUGACUACCUGAUUUCAUAUUAUUAAGUUGCUCUGCUUUAAAGCAACUGGUCAUUUUAAGGCAUGAUUGAGAGGGUGCGCUUUUUCGAAAAAUAUUUUGAUUUUCACCAAAAAAGCAAACUUUGUUGCUCUAAGAUUGUUUGUUUGUUUGUUUGUUUCAUCCACUUUUUUUUAGCAUCAUCCACAUCAUUGUGAUUCCCCAUCCUAUCCUCAAAUAUCUCUCACUUUCAUCUGCCUGUCUAAUCAUGGAUAAAGUGGAUUUUUUUCUUUUUAUUUGAACGGUAACAUUUGACAACAUUAAAUGAUAGCUUUGUCGAUAUAUUUUUACAGCGUGCCCCCCAAAAUAAUGCUUAAAUAACAGACAAUCUUGGUGCUGCAAAGAGAUUCGGGCGAAAUGCCUGAUGGAUAGAUAGAUAGAUAACGAGAGAAACCCUUUUCUGUUCCUGGUUCUGUAGUAUUUGAUGUGUGAAUCACUCAAUAAUUUUCGUAGUAUUGUAGCCUCCAUUAUUUAUAGUGGUGGGAAGUGUGGAGGACUUCAAGAGAACUUAAACUGUCCCUAGUUUUAUAGGGACAGGGAUUGUAAACUGUGAUGGGGGAAUGGGAAGUCUUGGAUUAGAGUUUUCUGGGAGUAUUCUGAGAGUAAAGGUAUUCCUCUUAAUAUAAGAUUCAAAACACACUGAACACUUUCCUUGUUUUAAUUCAUGGGGUAGUCUUUUUGGAAAAACAAUCCUGAGGAAAUCCAGUGGGAUUGAAGUAAGUAUUUUUAGAUGAUUUCAGUGUAUUAAGAACUUGACUUAAAAAAACAAAAAAUAAUAAUAAUAAAAAAAAAACCAAGUGAAAAACACCAAAUGCAAGUCGAACCAAAAAAAUUUGUGUUUGGGUAACACCUUAAAUGACAUUUUGAAUGCAUAGUUUGCAGAAGUAGCAUGUAGCAUUUGAAGGAAGGUGAUAGUUAUAACUUUUGUUGCCCCACAGUCAACAAAAAAAAUGAAUGAAGAAAUAUAAAUAGCAUUUUUAUUGAAAUUUAGAAAUCACUGUAAAAAAAGAUGCAGUGUUGAAACUCUAUUUUUUUGUUUUUAAACUUAAAGGAGAAGUAUAUGGGAUUUAGCAGCAUCUAGUGGUGAGGUAGCAGAUUGCAACCAACUAAAUACCCCUCAGCUUACCCCUCCCUCUCUAAGCUUGUGGGAAAACUACAGUGGCCUUCAGUUAAUGUCAGAUCAUGCAAGGCACUCUAUAGAGCCAGUGUUUGGUUUGUCCUUUUCAGGCUACUGUAGAAACGUGUCCAUGCAAAGCGGCGGACUUCGUGAGGUGAAUCGAUCGCUGUAGAGUAGUUCAGGGAUAAAGUAUUUUUCAAGGCCAACAAGGAAGUCACCUUAUUUUUGAUUAACAAGAUAAUAUUCACAAAUGAACACCACUUUUAUGAUUUCUAUAGCAUUAAUGCAACGGCCAAAAGUAAAAAGCUAAUGUUGGGCAAUAAACGUAGUAGUGUAAUUUAGCCACUUGUUAGCAACCGCCUAAAAGUUUACAACUUCCCGAGAGGGACGUUAGUCUCUCUAAAGCUUGUGUUAACAACAGACUUUAUUUCAGGUAACUAACCAAAAAAAACACCAUAAAUAAAUAUUGACUUCAAGAUGAUUGAAACAAAAGUGCAAAAAUGCUAACACAUUUCCUGGUUUUAGGACUCAUUGCUGCACCACUCUAUGUAGAUAUGAAGGGCUCAUUCUAAGCUAAGGGAAACAACGAUUUUAGAUCUAGUUGUAAAUGUUCCUUUUCUACCAAUAGAUCCCCCUAAACCCUACACAUCUGACCUUUUUUAAAGGACAUUUUACCUUUUGAGUGUUUUAACCUUAUAACAAAUUUCCUCUGUCAUUUCGUUUGGGACAAAGAUAGUGGUUCAAAAUUGACGUCUGAAGCACAGUGAAAUAAUACAUGUGGCUAUAUUUUCAAUUUUGAAGAGGUGUUUAUGAUAAUUGAAUAUAAAAAAAAAACACCAGGUGGUGAGGUUUCUCAUUUUGAAGUAUCCCUUUUUAAAUUGGAUAAUUGCACACUGAACAGACAGGUGUGGUUACUGAGGAGCACGCAGGAGUUGUUGACCUGAAAAAGCACAGCACUUUUAAAAAAAAAUAUCCCUCCACUUUCUCUUCUUCAGCAUGUGAGGUAUCCAGUCCUGGUUGUUCAUAACUCUAGGCUCUUUGUUUUCCACAUGAGUGGUGAGAUGUUGUUUGUCAUUAGCCCUCAGGUUGCCUUAUUUCCUCCUUCAGGCAUCAGGUAUUCUUUUUACCAACUUGAUGCUCCCAGAGAUUAUUGACCAUGUGGGCUUUAUGGCCAGAUUGAUACUCUGGAUUCUGGUCCUGGUCAGUCCUUCUAGGCCCUGCUGUGGAGAAGUAGGACCAAGAGGAGUUAUUUUGAAGAAACUAUAAGGUGUUGAAAAGCUAAAACACUUGAGCUGAUGACGCGUGGUCUGUUUCGAUGGCCAAUUGUGACUUCAGCUGCAACUACUCAGUUUAAUAUAACGAAUGUAUCAUGAUUCAAAGUUGAUAGGUAAAGUUGCCUAUUUACAUUUUUGCGGAGUAUUGUUUAAAUCUUGUUCUGGGUCGAUCGCAAACUAAAAUCCCAGGGACAUAGCAGUUAAGCAAAAUUGUGAAUAUCAUAAUUCACCGCUCUUUUGUUUCUUUCCAGAAUCCUCCAUGUGAAACUAAACCACUGUCACUCUCCUGUAAAUGAAAACAAGUUGUAAAUGGUGUCAAUAACAAAUUUUCUUUUGUAAAAGAAAGGUUUAAGAGGUUUAUGGUAACACUAUAUUUUCUUUUUCCUGUUUAAUUGCUGAUGUACAUGAAAGAUGUGUAAUAUAGAAAUUGUCACCUUAAUAAAUUAAAUCAAAAAUG